CGUGCUGCCAGGAGGUCCCCAAGGAAACGUUUGCUUCUCAAGAAAUCCUAUAGGUCAUAAGUAAAAUUCGCUAGAAGAACAUAGACUGUGUUUUUAUAUUUUUGUUUUUCAUCCUGCUACGACCAGUUCUCUCAUCAUUAAUGUUUACAGUGCCGGCCAAAGGAAGACGAUUCCCUUUUUCGCCGAAGAGCCCCCUCUCUGCCGAGACAGAGGCUGAUUGCGCAAAGCUGAAGACGCGCAGCUGAGUUUCACCUUAAACUCAAACGACCAAACUAACCGCAACGAAAUCAUCUCAUAAUAACAUGGAGGGAAAUACAACGUAUCCCCUGUUCCCUGGCAAUCAAAGCCACACCAACAACACUUGUUCCCGGGACAACGUGUUGAAGACGGUGGUUUUCCCUGUUUUCUACUCCUGUCUCUUCCUGCUGGGGCUUUUACUCAACGGCGUGGCUGCGUGGGUGUUUUUUCGCAUCCCGUCGAAGUCUCACUUCAUAAUAUACCUGAAGAAUAUUGUGGUUGCCGAUGUCAUCAUGACCUUCACUUUCCCUUUCAAGGUGUUAUCAGACUCCAACAUGGCUUCCACUGGGCUGCGUAUAUUCGUGUGCCGGGUCUCCUCGGUGCUCUUCUACCUCACCAUGUAUAUCAGCAUCCUCUUCUUCGGCCUCAUCAGCAUAGAUCGCUGCAGAAAGACCCUCAAGCCCUUCAGGGGGACUAAUGCGGCCCGCUUGGCCCGUCGCAAACUCCUUUCAGGCGCCAUAUGGACCUUCCUGCUGGUUCUCUGUCUGCCCAAUGUGAUCCUGACACGUAAGACCCCACCGUCUUCAUAUUUCAGGUGCAGUGACCUGAAGACAGCGGCUGGGCUGUACUGGCAUGAGGCGGUAAAUCACGUCUGUCAAGUUAUUUUCUGGGGCAACCUGGUGACUGUGAUAGUAUGCUACACUCUAAUCACCAAAGAGCUGUACAAAUCCUACGCCCGCACUCAGGCCCGCAGCAGUGGAGGGACUAUAUGUCGAGCACCAGGUGGGGCAUCAACUCGCAAACCCCACCAGGCCAAAAGAAAAAUGAAUGCAAACGUGUUCCUGGUUCUGGCUGUGUUCUUUGUUUGCUUUGUGCCAUUUCACUUUGCCCGUGUGCCGUACACCCUGAGCCAGACCCGAGUGGUUCCCUUUGACUGUCAACUCAAACUCUUCUUUUUUCAGCUGAAGGAAAGUACGCUCUUCCUCUCAUCCUUAAACUCUCUUCUGGACCCUCUCAUCUACUUCUUCCUCUGUAAGUCAUUCAGGGACACCCUGUUCAAAACCCUGCAGCUGCCUUCUGGUUCCUGUAGCAGGCUAACAGGGAGAGGGUCAGACACAGAUACAGGCAGCGCCGCUCUUAACGACUCUUCUGUCUGUGCAUGAAACCACUGGACACGAUGAAGACUUUUCUGAAUGCACACAUUCUGUAAUGAUGACAACAAUAUUGCCACAAAGACGAAAUAAUGUGCGGCUGUCGGUUUAACUGUGUCAAAGCUGAAGAACCGACGCUGGCAUGUUGUCUUUGCUGUUCUUUCAGUUCUCUGUUCCAUUUAAUAACAACAUGAAGAUCCUCUUCUGUUUUCAACCUCUUGAAAAGGAGAAAUGUGAUGCAUUAAUUCACUAACUGAAAAUGAAUCGACAGCCACACGUUUCCUCUAAAAUAGUUUACCUAUAUAACAAGUCUGAGAAAUAAUCUCCUGUCAAUACACGGUGAUCUUCUAUUGUUGCAUGUACAUGCUGUUUAGUUGUGUUGGCAUUGCUUUUUCAGGAUAAUCAUAUAGCAGGCAAAUGUGUGAAACUGUUACGUCUGCAGAUAUUUGUGAUGUAUUCUAGUUUUGCUGCUAACAAUGAUCUCCAUCUAUAUAAGUAAGUAAGUAUUUCUAAGGAAUAUGGGGGGCUUUCCAAAUGACUGGGUUGUGUGCCUCCUGUUACAACCGCACAGCUGAAAGACUGGGAACUACCACUUUUACAGAAAUGCAUAAAAGAAGCAACAAUUAAGGAAGUAAAGAUGAAAUACUUUCAUUAUUUGUUGUGUGUAUGAUUUAUGCCAUAUUAUGAGGUUGGUGCUCUUCACAAAGCCAAAUAUCAAACCCCAUAUUGCUUACUCAGCCACAAUAUAUGAUUCAGUUCACUUACAGUAUCUACUUCUUGCAGGGAAAGUACUUGGAGGACAAAUGCACUGUUACAUUAAUAUUUGAGCUUGCUAUUGUCAAAUGUAUAAAUCCACCGUGGGCAUGCAUGAGGUAAAAGAAGAUAACGAACAUGAGCUACAUCGCUACUAAAUGAUCACUAUUUCACUGUUUAAAAAAAAUGGGGGCUUUCAUCACAUCUUUCAAUGUUGAGACCAGUAGAAAUAAAGUAACCAUCAGUGGAUGUUACCAAUACCUCAGCCUGAAAACACAUAGCUUACCGCAACCUAUGUUAUUUGAAUCCUCUGUGCCCCCCCCCCCCCACAGCAGCUCAUUGUUCAUGGAUUUGCAUCUUUCUGGUUGAAAAGGCUGAUACACUUUGGUGAAAUAUCUUGUGUAAGGUGUUAAUCUCCCAGGCUUCACAGUGUGGAGUGACGGACAUAAACAUUGCUGGUGAGUGAAUUAAUAUUAUGUUUUGUUUCACAAAGAUUAUAUUUUUUUAAAGAUUAAAUUGAGAGGUGAUUGGAGAAAUCAAGCUUUCUAAUUGAUUAGAAGUAUAGUCUGUGUGAUCACUUUGAUAUGAUUUAAUCAACUGUGGGUGAACUUUCUGAAAAUGUUGAGGGGGAGAAAAAUCUUCAAAUUAAGCAGUUUUGUAGUAUUUGUAAUAAUUAGAGGAGUAAAAUAACAGUCACAUAAAAUGUUACUGUCCUAAGAGAAAGGCGUAUUGCUGAAAAGCUUUAAUCCAUCUUUCUCUAUCAGAUCUAUUAAAAUCAGUACACACUAAAUACACAUUUAAGGUUAAGGAUUACAAAUAUUAAUUCUUAAACAAUUACAAAAUAAAAAAACAAAAAGAAGCAGACACAUUAAAGAAGCUUUGAAGCAACUAAAAUUUAUUGUACAGAAGGGACUGUGACUACAUACCCCUCUAAAUGUUGGUAGCUAUUGUCUAGGCCUAUAUGUAAAUUUGAUCUAAAAAAUAAUAAAAUCAAUUUUUUUUGAUUUUGUUUUUGGCAUGGUGAAAACAAAUCCUACAAUUGCAUAACUUCCUUUAGUCAGUGUCAACAGUGGAGUCAGGUUCUGCAUCCAGAAUGCAUUCAAAUCCUCAGGUUGAGCAUUCAAAACCAAAUCAUUGUAACAAAUUGUCUUUUAAACUAUAAUGACAAAUGCAAAUCAGGUCCAACUGGGCAAGAAGGAAGCUUUUGCAGUAGUCUCAAACGAGUCAGGGGCCAAUUCCAGUAAAUCUCAG